UUGCAUGUGUGUGACAUUUAUAUUUCUGUUUAAAUGAUACAAUUUUCCAUAACACUAAUUUUUAUUGAGAUUUUAUUCUUCAUACCUUCAUUCUAUUUUCAUGUACUUUGAUUUUUAGAUUUAAAAACAAACCACAGUGAAAAUGGCUUUUGUUUGUUGUAUGAUUUGUAUUUUGUUUGUGAUGCUGGGAUCGGGAUUAUCCACUAAACCUUCCCCUUGCAAAGGAGAUUGGGAACUAAUUUUUCAUGCACCGAGUGGUAAUGGGGAACAGUUUUUAAAAUCGUGGAAAACCAAUCACAAUAAUUGUGACAUCAUAUCUGGAAUAUGUUCGUGUUCGAUGAACAAUGGCUGUCUUCCGCCUAACGCCAGAAUGGAAAAAUAUAAAACAACUAUGAAAACGUUAAGGAGCCCCUACAUUGACUUUUGGAGUUGUCUGAAUAUUAAGAAGGUCAAGAUUGAGUUGAACACCCAGGGUAAAACCAUGGCCUUCAUUGAAUUCGACGGUCGAGGUUCAAACUAUUUAAAUUGGUUUCACAACAGCAGGAUUAUAAAAACAAGCUGGACCGACAUGCAGAAAAGUGGUUCUUAUAAUUUUUUCUCAGUAGACAAAGAAACUAAAUAUGGAAGACAUUUCUUCAUCAACAAGAAAUACCAUGGUUGUCCGGGUGACGAAGGGUGGUUAGUUGUAGCUGAUUCCAUUGGCUCCAAGCCAUGUCAGUGGGAAAAGCAAAAGACAUACCCUCAGUUUUUGUACAGCAAGCAGGGAAAAUCAACAAUAUGGAACAACAUGAAGUUUGGAAGAGCUGAUGUUCUCAACAUCUACAUUCAAAGAUAGAUGUGACAGUUUUGCAAUCCUACUAAUAAAAAAAGUUGUCAUGCUAUA